UAAGCAGUCCGACCUCACUCGUUCACCUGUGCGACCGGAGCUUCCUGGAACCUAGAACGGUAAGCAGGUUCGCCUCGAGCACCUUCAACACUUACUUCUACGGCAUAUCUUUGGGUUAACUCUGACCUGAUACUGAUCACUGGCCAUCAUCACCUGGAUCAACAGAGCUUAACUCUAUUAUCACUUUCCCGCUGGGAACCGAGCUUUGUGCGCGGAGCCUGUUUGGGAACCAACCGGACGCAGCAAUUCCGUGUGACUGGUCCCCUCAAGUACCGACGGUCGAUCUAUACAACUAUAAUUGGAAGCCGUGACGGUGCUGCAAUCACCGCGACUGCACGAUAACAUGCCUGCACCAACGUCCUCGCGCGACAAGGGGCGAACGGCAAAGCAGGGAAGGUCGGAUGAGGAGUUUGUCUUGUUCCUCCAGGGAAUCCCAGCGCAUUGCCGCUGGCAGGAGCUCAAAGAUCUGGUCCGCCAAACAGCCUUACAUAUCCGACAGGCUGUAGUGUACGAUGAUCAGCAUGGAUUUCCAACCGGGCUAGGUCAGAUCAUCGUUAAGAACGAGGACGAAGCGUGGCGAACAUACCAGAGGCUAUCCACGAAUGGCUGGGAGGGCCAAAGCCUCGUUGUGACACUGGCUCGGACCAGCUCCCCUACACGCCCGGUUGCUGGCCCGACCAAGAGUCCCACGUGUUUGAUUCCUGCUAAUUAUAUUGCGGGCUACUCGACGCCGCCGAGGGUCACGCAGAACACGGCCGUUCCUCCUUCCCCGAUAUCUCCUGAGGCCGUCAUCUCCACGAGUCCAACGUAUCCGAAUUCCGAAUAUGGCCCGGUGAUUGACAUCAUGAGUAUACCCCAUCAGCACCAGCCCUUUCUGCCUGUUUUCGCCGAUGCAGUCACUCAGCACGCCAUCCCUGCUAUCCCACAGUCUCCCGCACCUCUCCGGCACAAUUUCAGGGAUGCCUUCGCUAUACCCAUCCUCCCAUCCUACCCACUACCCGCUGUUCAGCCAUUCGUCGAAAACCCCAUAAGCACGCGAUUUGGCGCAACCGCCGGACGACGAACCCAUUUCCCCCGGAAACCUAUCCACAACUACCAUCCCAACAAUGUCAGCUUCGCCUCGCCGGCCUAUCACCAGCCCGGCAGCGCCACGGGUCCCCCACACUUCUCCCGCCGUCGCACGAUCUUUGUGCAAAACCUCAGCCCAGCAACGAGUGACCUGGCACUGCGCGACUUCUUCCAGGACGCUGGGGUCGCAAUCGAGCAAUGCGAGGUGCCGCUGGACACGGAAUCUGGACGCUGCAGAGGCUUCGCGCGGGUCACCUUUCGAACGGCCGAGGAAGCCAAACGCAUAAUCGCCCUCUACAACGGCUGCACCUUCCUAGGGGCCCGGAUCCGCGUGAAGAUCGACCGGAGCAUGCUUCAUAAUGCAUCAAGUCCCCCGCUAGACCCCGUCGGUCUCACCAAACCUACCACCAAUACUAGCACAAGGAAUCACAACACCCCCCGCCAAAGCUGCACGCCAUUCAAACCCCCGACGGAUACCGCUAAAAACCACCGCCGUGGUUCCACAGCGGAAGAAGAUACACCACGCAACGAAACCGCAGCCACAACAACAGCCGCGGAGGACAUCUCGCCUUCGGCGUCCCCCUCGUCUUCUUCCACUUCAACAGCCGUGAAACAAACCGACCGCUGUGGCCCACUGGUCGUCAACGGGUCUGGAACUGGACGCAGAGCUGUGGCGACCUAGUAUCGCCCAGUUGGGCAGGUUCUUCGGUCCUAGCCCAUAUCUCCCAAUACGGAUUUUGGUCCACGGCUUGGAGGAGAGCUCCAAAUGUCUGUUGCAUGUAACCUUUUUGUUUUUUGUUUUUUUGUUGGGGUUCCAGCGUAUUGGUUUUUCUGUUAUUAUCAUAGGGUGCAGGUAGAUCAGUAUAGCUACCUAGUUAGGCAGGGACCGGGGGCGGGGGGGGGACUUCGAGGCGUUAGGGGUUCGGACAUGGGCU